AUGAAGAUGGGAGAGAGGAUGAACCUUUUCCUGUGGGUGGUGUCUGCUUGCCUCUGCCUCACUCUCACUGGUGCGUCAGAGUCCGAGAGGCUGCUUCACCAGAAGAUCUUCCAGAACUACAACCUGAAGGUCCGGCCAGCUAAACAAUGGGAGGAGAAAGUCCAGGUCCGAGUGGGGAUGACCCUCUCCCAGCUCGUCAGCCUGAAUGAGAAGAACGAGGAGAUGACAACCAAUGUGUUCAUGAAUAUGGCGUGGACUGACUACAGAUUAUCAUGGAAUCCAGAGGAUUACGAUAAUAUAGAUGUCCUCAGGAUUCCUCCCAACAAGGUGUGGCGGCCAGACAUCUACCUCAUCAACAAUAAUGAUGGUCAGUUUGACGUGGCUCUGUAUGUCAACGUGCUGGUCUACAGUGAUGGGACAGUCAACUGGCUGCCUCCUGCUAUCUACCGCAGCAGCUGCCCUAUAGAGGUGGCGUACUUUCCGUUUGACUGGCAGAACUGCACCAUGGUGUUCCGCUCCUACACCUACGACUCAUCAGAGGUGGACCUGCAGUACGCCCUGGAUGAGAAAGGAGAGGAGAUACAUGAGAUUAUCAUAGAUGAGAACACCUUCACUGAGAACGGGGAGUGGGCGAUCUGCCAUAAGCCCAGCAGAAAGAACGUGAACCCCGAGGACCUGUAUGAAGACAUCACCUUCUAUCUCAUCAUCGAGAGGAAGCCUCUCUUCUACGUCGUUAACAUCAUCGUGCCCUGCAUCCUCACCAUGGUCCUGGCCAUCUUUGUCUUCUAUCUACCACCUGGCGCAUGUGAGAAGAUGACCCUGUCAAUCUCUGUCCUCAUCGCUCUCACUGUGUUCAUGCUGCUGCUGGCUGACAAGGUCCCUGAGACCUCCCUGGCCAUCCCUCUUAUUGUUAACUAUGUCAUGUUCACCAUGAUCCUGGUCACCUUUUCAGUCAUCCUCAGUGUGGUGGUCCUCAACUUGCACCAUCGGACCCCCUACACACACAUUAUGCCCCCUUGGGUGCGCAAGGUGUUCAUCCACUUCCUGCCGAAGUACCUGGGCAUGCAGAGGCCCCACCCAGAGGAGCCUUUGGAGGAGGAGCCUAGUGAUGAUACGCCCCUCCAGAGCAUCGACGGACGCAGGCCGGGGGGAGAGUACUUCUUCAGGAAGAUCAACCCUGAACUGGUCCUACCCUGGAGAGGCAGGAGUGAGAGUACAGUACAGCUCCAGAGGUUCUUUGACAGUGACAAUUACUGUCUGAUCCUCCCGGACCUCAAGUCAGCCAUCUCUGCCGUCACAUACAUGGCUGAGCAGCUGAAGAAGCAGGAUGGCUCCGACUCGGAGACAGGAGACUGGCAGUACAUAGCCAUCGUGGUGGACAGGCUGUUCCUGUGGCUGUUUGUCAUCAUCACUACUCUGGGGACUCUGGCCAUGUUCAUGGACGCCAGACUCAACUACACCCCAGACGAACCUUUCCCCCUGAGGCCGUAG